AUGUCCUACGUGAGCUGUGCUUUGCGGGCGGCCGCCCCCCGCCACCUGCCAGCCCCCUGGAGAAGCCCCCGGCCCUUCAGCAGCACCUCAGGCCCCACGACGAAGAAGAGUGUCCCAUACCAGAAGACACUGAAGGAGGAAGGCUCUGGGAGCAAGGAGCCCAGCCGGCCCCUGCCACCCUUGGCUGAGGUGGUGGUGGUUGGAGGGGGCAGCCUGGGCUGUCAGACCACCUACCACCUGGCCAAGCAGGGUGUCAGCAGCGUGGUGCUGCUGGAGAGGGACCGCCUGACCUCAGGCACCACCUGGCACACAGCCGGUCUCCUGUGGCAGCUGCGUCCCAGUGAUGUGGAGGUGGAGCUGCUGGCCCACACGCGGGACGUGGUCAGCCGGGAGCUGCCGGCAGAGACGGGGCUGCACACGGGCUGGGUGGAGAACGGGGGCCUCUUCAUCGCCUCCAACAAGCAGCGCCUCGACGAGUACAAGAGGCUCAUGUCGCUGGGAAAGGUGUAUGGUGUGGAGUCCUACGUCCUGACCCCAGCCCAGACCAAGGACCUGUACCCGCUGAUGAACGUCGAUGACCUGUAUGGCACGCUGUACGUCCCCAAGGAUGGCACCAUGGAUCCAGCCGGUACCUGCUCAACUCUCGCCAGAGCAGCAACUGCCAGAGGCGCCACGAUCAUCGAGAACUGCCCUGUCACUGGCAUCCAGGUCAGAGCUGACGAUUUUGGGGUGAAGAGGGUGUAUGCUGUGGAGACGGCGCAUGGGACCAUUCAGACUCCCUGCGUGGUGAACUGCGCAGGCGUGUGGGCGCAAGCCCUGGGUCGGUUGGCUGGCGUGCACGUGCCGCUGGUGGCGAUGCAUCACGCCUACGUGGUGACCGAGCGCAUCGAGGGCAUCCAGAACAUGCCAAAUGUUCGCGAUCAUGAUGCCUCGGUCUAUCUCCGUCUCCAAGGCGAUGCCCUUUCCGUGGGUGGAUAUGAGUCAAACCCCAUCUUCUGGGAGGAGGUAUCUGAAAAAUUUGCUUUUGGCCUUUUUGAUCUGGACUGGGAGGUUUUCAUGCAGCACAUCGAAGGUGCCAUCAAGAGAGUGCCAGUGCUGGAGAAAACAGGCAUUAAAUCCACCGUCUGCGGGCCAGAGUCGUUCACAGCUGACCACAAACCGCUCAUGGGCGAAGCCCCAGAGGUCCGAGGCUUCUUCCUUGGCUGUGGCUUCAACAGCGCUGGGAUGAUGCUGGGAGGUGGCUGCGGGAAGGAGCUGGCUCACUGGAUCAUCCAUGGGCGGCCAGAGAAGGACAUGUACGGCUACGACAUCAGGAGGUUUCACCAUUCCCUCACUGAUAACAACCGCUGGAUCCGGGAGCGGAGCCACGAGUCCUAUGCCAAAAACUACUCGGUUGUCUUUCCCCAUGAUGAGCCGCUGGCGGGGCGCAACGCGAGGAAGGACCCCCUGCAUGAGGAGCUGCUGCAGCAGGGCUGCAUUUUCCAGGAGCGGCACGGCUGGGAGAGGCCCGGCUGGUUCAGCCCCAGGGGAGCAGCCCCG